UUGUGGCCUGAUGUCACUUACAUCCACGUCGGGAUGUAUUUACUUUUCAACGAGAGCAGCUACACUCAGGAAAGCCUGAUGAAUUACAAGAGCUUGAAAUGCUAUCAAAAUUUCGAAAAAGGCUGGGUGAGGGAGAUCGCAUGUAAAGACUUCGGAGAUAACAGACUGCUCAUUGCGAAGGUCAAUCACUCCCAGAGAAUGAGAGAGACACCAUUGACACCUUGGGUGAUCUGUGAGAAGAGUGGCAAGAUCUUGGCUGCACAUUGCAAUUGCAUGGCAGGGCUGGGCGAGAGCUGCUCUCAUGUUGCCUCUGUUCUAUGGGCUGUUGAAGCUGGUGCUAAGCGGCGUGACUCCCUUACCGUCACAGACAAGAAGGCCUACUGGGUCAUGCCUACUCCCAUGAAAUCAGUACCCUAUGCACGCAUAAAGGACAUAGAUUUCUUUAAGUCCAAAACACCAAAUGACAACACAGCUUCCAUGGUUCCCCCAUCCCCAGCCAAAUUCAACACAUUUUUAGAGUCUUUAAAAAAAUGUCCUUCCAAACCCGCUGCAUUGUCCCUCAUCCCAAAAUUUUCUGAUGAUUAUAUGCCACGAUCUGCUCAAUCUGAUCUACCCCCCAUCUUAAUUGACUUAUAUGAUAAAACACUGAGUGAUUCCAACCUUACUGAAAUUCUAAAUAACAUCAUCCCCAAAUCCUCUAAAUUCUGUACAAUUACUGCAGAACAACAGCAUGCAGUGGAAAGGGAGACAAGGGGGCAGUCUCAGUCACGCUUGUGGUACCGGAUGAGGACGGGCAGAAUAACAGCGUCCAAAUACAAGGCAGUCUGCCACACCAACGCACAAAAUCCAGCUCACAGUCUUGUAAUGGAGAUAUGCUAUCCGGAGACCAAACGAUUCAGAACGGAGGCCACUGACUGGGGCAACAGAAAGGAAGCCAGGGCAAGACAGGAUUAUGUUGCUCAGGCAAAUCAGUUACACAAAGACUUUCAAUUGGAGGAAUGUGGGCUAGUUAUUAGCAAAACCAAUGCAUACAUUGGUGCAUCACCAGAUGGGCUGAUAUCAUGCACAUGCUGUGGUUUGGGAGUCUGUGAAAUCAAGUGCCCUUUCAUUCACAAGGAUGACUACAUUGAAACAGCUUUGCAGGACAAAACAUUCUGUCUCGAAAGCCAUGGGAAAGGCUACACUCUAAAGAGAGCUCACCAGUAUUACUAUCAGGUCCAGGCUCAGUUGCUGGCUUCACAGUAUGAUUACUGUGAUUUUGUGGUGUGGACCACCAAGUCCAUGACCGUGGAAAGGAUCUACCCUGACGUUCAGUUUUGGGACAACACCCUACCAAAGGUCAAGACCUUUUUUGAACUGGCUGUUCUUCCAGAAUUAGCUGCCAAAUUUUAUUCCAGAAGCCCACAGCCAGGAAAGAGUUCAGACAUUGAAAUGUAGGCCUAACAGUACAAAAGAACCCCAGACAUAAAUAAAGCAAACAAGAAUCACCUGUGGAAUAUCCAUGUAU